GAUGUCGGGAUUGAGAGCAUUGCAAUUAUGUUCCAAACAGAUGCAUGCAGCACGCGUUGAUCUCGACACGUCGCAACCUGAAAAAGUGCGGUGUGGUACCCGCCUCGUUUUACUGCGAGGUAGACUACCAAUAUUCCCACAGAUCUCCUCUGGGAUCCACAGCCUUGCGAUAAAACGUCGUGGAUGAGGGCCAGACGCCAUGACGCCAUGAAUAAUGGUCAAAUUAAAAUUAGGUUUGGCAUGCGCAGUAUAUCUGUUUUCUGGCUCAGGACUCUCUCUCGAACAGGGGGGGGGGGGUGCCUCGAACAGGUCUUAGCCCACCCUGAUAAC